AGUGGGUGGGGACUGAGCUACGAACCGGGAAGAGGAGAAAGAAGAGACGAAGGGAAAAGAAAAGGGGAGGAAGGGAAAAAGAGACCAUAGAUUUCUCCCUCGGCCUAGAGCGGCCCUUAAAGUGCUGGGGAGCAGAGGGCGGGCGGGGACCACCCCAGAACUGGCCGCCGGCGGUAUAAUGGCGUCCCGGAACCCCCCUCCCCAAGAAUAUGAAAGUGAUGACGACUCCUACGAAGUGUUGGAUUUAACAGAGUAUGCAAGAAGACACCACUGGUGGAAUCGAGUGUUUGGCCACCGAUCAGGACCUAUGGUAGAAAAAUAUUCAGUAGCUACCCAGAUUGUAAUGGGUGGCGUGACAGGCUGGUGUGCAGGAUUUUUAUUCCAGAAAGUUGGAAAACUUGCAGCAACAGCAGUAGGUGGUGGCUUUCUUCUCCUACAGAUUGCCAGUCACAGUGGCUAUGUUCAGAUUGACUGGAAGAGAGUUGAAAAAGAUGUAAACAAGGCAAAAAGACAAAUUAAGAAACGAGCAAAUAAAGCAGCACCUGAAAUCAACAACGUGAUCGAAGAAGCAACAGAAUUUAUCAAACAGAACAUUGUGAUAUCCAGUGGAUUUGUGGGAGGGUUUUUGCUCGGCCUCGCAUCUUAAGGACACGAAUGCUCCUGCCUAGUGAAUCCAGUUGUGCGAAGACAGUGGCAGCAGGGUGACUUCUCUCCCACCCAAGCAGGGAGAAACAACUUGCUGGACAGUUCCAAAUUCCCAACUUAGCAUUUUGCCAUCUGAAUCCCGGCCAACAAGUAUCUGCUGUCAAACAACCUGUGUGGUAUUUGAAUAAUAGUAUUCUUGAGCAAAACAUGGCUUUUGGCAUUUUUAAAAACCUUUGCGUCUGUUUAGAAACUAGCCAGUAAGAUGCCACCUAUUAGAUAUGGAUAGGAGAUAAAAACUGUUGGCUCUGUCUCCCAGUGAAAUAUUAUCCUUUUUUAAGUUAAAUACAAUGUUCAUUGUGCUUUAGAGUAUAGUGCCAGUAGUUUAAAAUUUGUCUCAUGGCUUCAGUACUAAGGCUGACUUUUCUUUAAGAUAUAUUUGCAAUAAAUUUGAAGAGCUGUAAUGCCCUUUUGUGGAAGACAUUAGAAAUAAUAGAUUAUUAAACCAACUAGAUUCCGCUGAUGUAAUACCAGUCCUUAGGUUAUUUUCUCCUUGCAUUUCUUCCUUGCGCUACUUUUCAAAAAAGGCUCUUCUGAGGAAAUAUCACAACAUGUCUAAAGCUCUUUUUCCUUUUUUGACGUCUGUAGUUUUAAAAAUACCUUCUCGUAUGUUACCUUCUAAUUUUUGUAUUUGUUUCUCCUGGCAGCCUGGGCAGAACUAAUUUGGGGCGUACAUAUAGUUGGGUCAUUGAUUCAUUUUAUUAGCUCUGAAAGUACAUCGUUUUUUCUUUCUAAAAAUCCUAAUUAUUAUUUUGACCUCUUACUGUCUGAAAAAUUGACUUUCCACGUAACCAUGAAAUCGUACCUGAAAGAGAUUGUCUCCUUGGCCAAAUCUAAGAUUAAGUACUGUGGCUUCCAGGCUUUUGGCAGCAUUGUAUUUCUUGAACACCAGGCCAGUUUCCCUGUUUGGGGGCCAACAUUGUAGCCUGUCAGUCUCUUUAACCCCAAACCUUUCCAGAUUGUUAAUUUGUCCACAGAAUUCUAGGUUGGAAUUGAGAAACAGCAGAGGACCGGAGUCUUCAGAUCAGAAGGACCACAGCUACUGUACUGCGACCACCUUCGUUUGCCGGGAGCUCUCCACAGUACAUAUGCUGCGUGUGUUCUAAAAGCGUGACACUUCCCACCUUGAACACUGCUUACCGCCUUCGUGCUUUCGUGUUCCUGAGCCUCCUUGAGAUUGAACGUGGGAUCCAUCUUGAGUUUCUUUUGUUCUCAUUAGUGCCUCGGAUAUAAUGCUAAAUAAACCUGACACUUUCUUAA